CCUCCAUUAGUUUCGAGGCAUAAAUUUUUGUUAGUUGAAGAGAAGGGAGUGCUGACGAAGAAUUUGGAAUUUGAUUUGAUAUACUUCCAAUGGCGGAAGGACCGGAAGCGAUCCCUGCAAGCUCUCAAUCCUCGUCUGCUCCGGAAUGGCGGGAUGACAAUCUUGAACACACUCAGGUUCCUAAAAUUUCCAGUUUCCUCACUCCGAACGGCGAUUUUAAAAUGAUUCCAAUCAUGUAUCCUAUACUUGUUCCUGGAUCAGCUCCUUCGGAAAAUCAAAAUCGUGGAGCUGGCAUUUAUGCGGUUCCUGCUUUACCAUCAAUCGGCGGGCCCAUUGUUGGAAUGGCAUCUAACAAUCUUAUUCCUUUAACUUACAGCAUACCCACUAGAUCUGAUACCAUUAAUAGAACAAGUCCUGAGGGUGGCGCUGCAGUCGAGGAGAACGGGCGAGUAGGACAACAACAGCAACAACCAGAACCUCAAAGACAAGUUGUCGUCAGAAGAUUUCAAAUUGCUAUACAGAUUGAUUUGUUGCUUAUACUGAAGCUUGCUGCUCUAAUUUUUCUUGUUCAUCAAGAUGGUUCAAGACAAAGGCUUGUUGUUCUGGUGAUUUGUGCUUCACUAGUCUAUCUAUAUCAAACUGGAGCGCUUACACCAUUGAUACGAUGGCUAUCACAAGGCAUGCAAAGGGCAGCUGCACCGCCCCAACCACCGAGACCAGAAGUUCGGGCAGAGCAUGCUCCGGUAGCUCCUCCAGCUGCAAGGCAAGAAGCUCAGAAUGCUGCUUUUGCAGUGGGACAACCGGUGGCGGAGGAGGUUGAGAACCAACCAGCAAAUGAAGGGAACCGAGGCGUUGAAAAUGAGAAUGUGGCAGAAGGUGGCCCUGGAAAUGGCGGUCUGAACUGGUGGGGAGUGGUGAAGGAAAUCCAGAUGAUAGUCUUUGGGUUCAUCACUUCCCUGCUUCCAGGCUUCCAUAACCACAUGGAUUAGAGCAUUACUGAAAGCUCGUGAACCAAUAUGAACAGGAAACAGUUCUUUCUUUGUUGCUUUUUUGACUUCAAAGGCUAUUAUUAAAUAUUUGAUGUUAGCAACUUAGCAGCCACGUCUUUGGCCCAUGCAUACCCAAUGCGUACCAUUCACAUCAACCGGCCCACAAUCUGUCAAUUUCCCAUAUGAAUGAUAAAUAAACUGAUAAUAACUCAUCGAUCUAAGAUA